AUGAAAUCGCCUACGUCUACCAACCGCCUCUCGGCUCCAUUGUCGAAACGAACCGUUUUCACGUCCAUCACACCGCUCCCGCUAAAUGUCAGCCGAGCAGCCGCCGUCGACUUUCUGCACGACUACGAGACCAUGAUUGACAUCAACCCCUUGAUCAUAGACCGUCACCGGAUCCCACCACCACCCGAGGCCGAGGCAGACGAGGCCCACUGCACGUGGUACCAGCUUACCGAUACCGUCGUCAUGCCAUGGUCGGCCUCCUCGCCAGCAUCCGCCGAUACCACAUCCGCCAAGACCAAGCCUGGCAAUGUUUCCUACACCUGCGCCUUCCACCCACUGCCUGAUGGCAUGCAGACACACUGCCGCGCCCCGCUCGGCGUUGACAUCCGCGAUCGCUGGACAAUUGGCGGCACAGAGCCUGGCGAGCCCAAGCAGCCCCUGGAGCUGGGACUCGCUUCUCUUGGCGCACCCUCCACCGGCCUCUACCUUCGCGAGGAUGUCGACCUGCGCUGCAACCGCCUGAUGGCCGGGUUUGUCAAGAAGACGCUCAAGAAGUCGCAUGAGGGCGUCGUCGAGAAACUCAAAACCAACCUGUCCAAUACGUCGCCGACCUCGGCCAGUGGCAGCAACAGCGGUAAUAGCAGCAAACCUAUCGCCAGCGUGCCCGCCAUGUCCAAAGACAAACCACGCCCAGCGUCCAUGGCCUCACCAUUGCACGCCCAACGUCCGACUCCAUACCGGGUGUAUUCGGCAAGUCACCAGCCUCCUGCUCAAAAUCAGGCGGCCUUGCAGACAGAACCACAGGGACAGAACCAGACCCAGACCCAGACCCCGACGCAACAGCAGCCACUCCCUCUUCGCCAAUAUCCGACGCCACAGCAACUGGAGCAAUAUCAACGACAUGAGCAGCAGCAGCGGCAGCAACAACCUCACCGCCAGCACCAGUAUACCCAAUCGUACUCGAACGUUGCCGCAGUCCCGACGCCGGCCCCGUUUCCAGCGCCAGCACCUGCACCUGUAGCAGCACCAGUACCGACUCCGGCGCCGUCACAGCUGCCAUUUGUGAUCUCUCGCAAGAGCGUCCCUGCUUCUCUUGCCGUGGGCCCGCCCUCCUCCUCACAGCAACUGGCGCGUGAGACACAGCUGCAGAGCCAGCAACAAAACCAGGAGCACCAGCGUUUCCUCCACCCUUUCUUCCCGCAGAUGGACGGUGCCACCACAGACGACCACAUACUCGUCGAUCCGACGUCUUUAUCGUCGCCGCCCUUGUCGGUCUCCUCUGUGCCAAAGAGCGUCUCGACAGCGUCUUCGUCAACGGCAUCGGCUGCCGACACCACCGCCUCUACCCCGGCUUCGUCACCAAAUCCGUCCUUGCCGUCGAGCCAUUCUUCCAUGCCAUACGAUCGCUUCAAAAUGAAUGCUAGCCCUCUCACCCGCCUGCAGAUGCAACUGCCCAAGAUUAGCACUGUGAAAGACAACGAUGACGCCGGCCGCGGCGGCCUGUAUGCUGACAAGGAGCAGCGACACUCGCUGUACCAGCAGCUCCUGCCGCCGCUCGUCUUCAGUGCUCGCGAGGUCGCCACCAGCGAGCCGCGCCGGAGGAGCACCGGGAGCGACGCCACCAGUCUUGCUCUCGGCGGCGGCGCCAGCUCCGUUGUGUCUGGCGCUGCUUCUGACAUCCCAUUCCACGACCUGAGUCUGUGCCCGCGGCCGCUCCGCAUCGGCGGCCAGCGGCGCGUCUCCACAGACCAGAGGGUGCCAACACUGCCGGCCGCGAAACCGGCUCCGACACCGGCUGCUCAGAUGCUCGCUCCGUUCCGACCUACCCUUCCUACGGAGACACAUACUCGCCCGGGCCAAACAGUCGACUAUCCCGCCAUGAACCCCUACGUGUACAACGAGGACGACUACGAAGACGUUUACGUCGACUCGCCCAUCCUGGCCUCGGACGCCCGUGGCCCGAACCAAAAGGGGCCCUACUCGCCAACGGUCUUUGCUGAUAUGGACGCGGGGGCAGCGGCCACGUUGGCCCCGGCCACGUCCAACGAGGACAAGCCGGCUCUAUUCGACUGGCAGCAGCGGAGACGCUUCCUGGCCGUUGAUCUGGACUAA